AAAAAAAAAAAAAAAGCUGAGAGCUUUGACGCAGAAACAGAGCGAGGGAAAUUUUCCAUGCUUUCCCGGAAAAUAUUUUCUUUCGCGGAGAAAGUAGAAGAAAAAGCUGCAAGAGAGUUGUUCGUUUUUCGUUAACCCGUCUCUCUCCGUCCCGUCCCGCCCCGCCCCGCCCCCCAUUGAUACGUUCCUUCGUGCUAAUCGGGGAGAUUUUCUCGGCUUCUAAACAGGGCGCAAAACUUUUGCGUCUUCAAGAAAAAAAGAUUGCAACUUUCAUGCGUGAGAAAAGCCGAAGGGGACCAUUCAAAAUCUUCUGGGAUUCUUAAGCCUCUUCACAACCCCAUUCUUCACACUUUGAAAGCUACUUCUCCCACUUGUCUUCUUUCCUUUCUUCCCUCAAUUUCGUCGAAUAAAGAAACAUUCUCUCUUUUAGCCCUUCACUCUUCUCCUGGGUUCUGUUCUUCUGGGUGUUGGGUCUUUUCGUGGAGAGGGAAAAUGUGUAAGAUUCUGAAGGUUUUGUCGUGGAGGAACAUGCUUGUCCUGUCAUUGGCCAUGAACUUGAGUUUGAUUCUCAAGGUUUUGAAUGGUGACGGAGACAGUGGAAGUUUCUGGGCCCAUAAGCCAGCGUCUUCACCAAUCUCAGAAUCUUCGUCGUCGUUAUCAUUCGACGGAAAUGGAGUUCAAGAAGACGACGACAGAAUCAUCAAUCUUGAUCACGGUGAUCCAACUAUGUAUGAGAGAUAUUGGAUGCAACGGGGUGAUGAGACGACCAUCGUGAUUCCCGGGUGGCAAUCUCUGAGCUAUUUUUCCGACGUAAGCAAUCUGUGUUGGUUUCUGGAGCCAGAGCUUGCCAAAGAGAUUGUGAGGCUGCACCGUAUCGUAGGAAACGCUGUAACGCAGGAUCGCUACAUUGUUGUUGGCACGGGUUCAACACAGUUGUAUCAGGCAGCCCUUUAUGCUCUGUCUCCCCGCGAUGAAUCUGGACCAAUAAAUGUCGUCUCAGCCACCCCCUUUUAUAGUUCGUACCCAUUGAUUACGGACUGCCUCAAAUCCAGUUUAUACAAAUGGGCUGGAGAUGCAAAGUCAUAUAGGGAAGAGGGCCCUUACAUUGAACUCGUUACGUCUCCGAACAAUCCUGAUGGGUUCGUGAGGCAAUCUGUGGUGAACCGUAGUAAGGGCAUACUGAUCCAUGAUCUUGCGUAUUACUGGCCGCAGUAUACGCCGAUAACUUCCGUUCUUGAUCACGAGUUGAUGCUUUUCACUGUCUCUAAGAGCACGGGCCAUGCGGGGAUGCGCAUUGGAUGGGGUCUCGUGAAAGACAGAGAGAUCGCGAAGAAAAUGACAAAGUUCAUAGAGAUCAACACUAUCGGGGUUUCAAAGGACUCGCAGCUUCGGGCAGCCAAGGUGAUGAAGUUUGUUUCAGACAGCUGCGAAAGGUCCCGAGAUGCGACAGCCAAAUCCUUCUUCGAGCACAGCUAUGAUGCCAUGUCGGAGAGGUGGAAGCUAUUCAGAGAAGCGGUGACGAAGAGUAAGCGAUUCAGCGUGCCUGAUUUCUCCCCUCAACCCUGCAAUUUUCUCGGCCGGGUCUUUGAACCGCAACCAGCUUUUGCAUGGUUGAAGUGCGAAGAAGGGAUAGAGGAUUGCGAGAAGCUCAUGAGAGAUAAGAAGAUUCUUACAAGAAGUGGAAAACACUUUGGGUAUGGUUCGAGUCAUGUGAGGAUUAGCAUGUUGGAUAGGGAUCCGAACUUCGAUAUUUUCUUGCGGAGGAUUUCAUCUUCCCCCGACUCAACCUAAUAAAUAAUAUUUUAUUGAGAUAUAAACUUGGCGUUUUGUAAUGAACUUAUUGUCAUCAUCGUUAGAAAAUGAAAUUAUAAAAGUGCAAA